GUGCAGCAGGUCGGUCGGCGGGAAAUGGCGACCGGCCUCGGCUGGGGCUGCUGAGCGCGACCGAGACCCGGCGGCGGCGGCGGCGGCAGCGGGAGCGGCGGCGGCGCUUUGUGCGAGCCGCGCGGCGGGGGAGGCCUGCCGGGCCUGGGCUGCCCUGCCGCCGCGGGUCCGGUCUCCGGCGGCGGGGAGGCGCCCGCCUGCCCCACCUUCCCUUCGGCGCUUCACAGUAAAAUGGGAAUAAUUCAUCACAAACUGCUGGUGCUGCAAGGGUUAAUUACUUAAUGUUAAUAAAGGGAUUCGGAGAUUAAAAGGGCCCUACAAAUUUACAUGUGAUACCAUCAAAAAUGAGGCUGAGAACACGGAAAGCUUCUCAGCAGUCAAAUCAAAAUCACACCCAGCGAGCAUUGAGAGUCAAGAGGAAAUACUCCGACGUGGAGGAGCACAUAACCGUUGGUGGAGGAAAACUUCAGAAAAAUGAAACUGGCUUACUGUCUUCAAUUAAGAAGUUCAUUAAAGGAAGUACCCCAAAGGAUGAACGAGAACACUCUGCAAAGAGAAGUAGAAUUGAACAUGACAUAGAUGACAACUUAAUUACAUCCACUCCUCGAACAGGAGAAAAGCCUAAUAAACAGCUUUCUCGAGUCAGGCGGAAAAGCCAAGCGAAUGGAGAAGCUGGGAAUUAUGAAAUGGCAAACCAGCAUGUCCGGCAAAAUGGAAAAUUGGAUGAUAACCCCACCAGCUGCAGCCCCCCAAGGACUACAUUAUUGGGGACCAUAUUUUCUCCUGUCUUCAAUUUUUUCUCACCAGCAAAUAAAAAUGGAACGGCAGGCUCGGACUCUCCUGGCCAGGCUGUGGAGGCUGAAGAAAUCGUGAAGCAGCUCGAAAUGGAGCAGGUGGACGAGAUCAUUACCAGCACUGCCGUCUCGGCCAACGGAGGAGCGCCCUACGCCAGCCAGGCAGCCCAGGUCCGAACGACGAUCAGCACCGUCUUGGAGGAAGUGGAGGAUGUGGCUGACUGUGAUCUGCCUCCACUGACUGCACCAGUAUCUCCAGACAGCAGUUAUUCAUCAGCUCAUGCAGAAGCCACCUAUGAAGAAGACUGGGAAGUCUUUGAUCCGUACUACUUCAUCAAACAUGUUCCACCGCUAACAGAAGAACAACUUAAUCGGAAACCUGCUCUUCCAUUGAAAACCAGAAGUACACCAGAGUUCUCGUUAGUUCUAGACUUGGAUGAAACAUUAGUCCACUGUAGUCUAAAUGAACUGGAAGAUGCUGCACUCACGUUUCCAGUCCUUUUCCAGGAUGUUAUUUACCAGGUUUAUGUGCGGUUAAGACCAUUUUUCAGAGAAUUCUUGGAGUGUAUGUCCCAAAUUUAUGAGAUCAUUCUUUUUACUGCUUCUAAAAAGGUCUAUGCAGACAAAUUGCUGAAUAUAUUAGACCCUAAAAAGCAGCUGGUCAGGCAUCGACUUUUCCGUGAACAUUGUGUUUGUGUGCAAGGGAACUACAUAAAAGAUUUAAAUAUCCUUGGUAGAGAUCUCUCAAAAACAAUCAUCAUCGACAAUUCACCACAAGCCUUUGCUUACCAGCUUUCAAAUGGAAUUCCUAUAGAAAGCUGGUUCAUGGAUAAAAAUGACAAUGAGCUUCUAAAGUUGAUUCCUUUUCUGGAAAAACUUGUAGAACUGAAUGAAGAUGUUCGACCUCACAUCCGAGACAGAUUUCGCUUGCAUGACUUACUGCCCCCCGAUUAAACUCAAUCUUUGGUCAAAGAGCUCUGAAGGGAAAGAAAAUGCAGGAUCCUUUUUCUUUUUGGACUAGAACAAAAACAUUGCCAUUACUGUUGAAAUUUUUGCAUUUUUGUACCCUUUCUCGCUUUUCUUAUCUCUGGUGCCCAACAGUAAUAAAAGGGUUACAGAAGAACUUUCUAUAUCGCCAAAUGGAAAGACGUGCAGUAUCCGUAGGUAGGCUAGAACAGAACAGUCUUUAGAUCUAGUGCAACUCCAAUGGUUUUUAAUGUACAGACGAACACCUGCCGUUUUUAAAGAAUUCUGUUUCUGCCACCAGCAGUUUAUCCUAUAAAAAUACAGGAUUUAUGAAAUCACAGAGAUUGAAAAUGGACUCUUGUUUUCUCUCUGUUUGGUGCUCUCUUAAGUGGGUUUGUAGCCACUUUGUGUUACUUUUAAAAUUCUCAUUUCAACAGGAAUGGCCAGUAAUUUUUUUCCUGUUAAAGGUUUGUAACCUUUUUACAUUUUUGAUCUGUAUUCAAGUUUAGGAUUUCAUUAUGCAUUCCUUUUAGUUGAGGUGACUUCAUAUUUUUCUGGGAAUAGCCAAGUUUGAUUAAUUUUUAUUAUUCGAUUGAAUGGCCAUUUUCCUGCUCUGUCUGCCUGCAUACUGUAUAUUUGUUUUUAAAAAUCAUCUAGUUUUUUUUUUCUGUGUACGAAUGAAUGAAUAUAUAUAUAUAUUCAUUCAUUCAUUCAUUCAUUCAUUCAUUCAUUCUACUGUAGUGGAAAUCUUUUUUUAAAAAAAUCAAGAGACUGGCUAGAUAAGAAAUAUAAGAAUUACUAAUAUGCAGAAUAUUUAAACCAUCGUGAUGGCAUGUACUGUGGACAGAUGUUUUUUUUUUUUUGUGGUGGUGUGCACAGCUCAGAGAGUGAGAGCGAGAGAUCGGUGCCUCAGUCUCCUGUCCGUAGGAGUCCUUGAGAAUUUGCUUGGUGUAAUGGCAGCCCAGCUCCUGCCGGACCAGGAUCUCCACCAAGGGGAAUAGGAAGAGUAGCCAAGCCUUGCCUUGGUUGGCCCUCUACCCUGCAGGUUGCACCAGCCCAUUUGAAACUUCCGUGUGGCUCAGUCUGUGCACCACUGUCACCCUGCCUGCUGUUGUGGUCCUGGACACUCUGUCGCUGCGCACGCAGCUGAUAUGCUAUCAUAGUGGUUUUCUAUAUUAUAUGGAAAUAGUUUUCAAGCCUUGGUUCUCAAAUGCAGGUUACACAAGAGGCUGAUAUUUUUUUAAUGGAGCAUACUCUCCUUUUUGGGAGGCUUUUUAUGGAAGGGAAAAAUUUGUAGAAGUUAGUAAGCUUUGCCUCUAAACUGCAUAGAUACGCCACAGGCUUGGGCUGUUUUUAUGUAAAGGAUGUUGCAGAAUGGCACUUUUUCUAAAGAGAAGUUUGAUAUUUUGUAUGCUUGUUAAAGAAAGAACAGUAUUGGAAAUUAAAGGUGGACAACUGAUAAUUGAGAAGUAUGUCAAUUAAUUUUUUAUGUAUAUUACCUGUUUACUUGUACAAUUUUAUUGUACAAAUUACACACAGCUUCAUUUUUGAAUGAGUCCUUAAAAUAAGGAAAAUCUUUUUAGGAAAACAUUUAAUUUUUGUAUUUUUUGAUUUUAAAAGGCAUGAAUUAUAUCAACUUUUUCCAAUGUAUUAAUGAAGAUUUUAACUUUUCAUCAGGUUGAGUGUUUUCUUACUAUAUUAUCUGUUAUAUAUGUAGCUAGCACAUGUGUCACUGAACUGUUAAAAAGUUAGCAUGUAGAGCAAGCCUGCUUUAUGGGAAAUUAUUCAUU